UUAACCCCAUCCGAACAAUAACUAACUCUCCAUCCCAUCCAUCUUCAAAAUCUGUGUGUAUAUUAUAUACAAACUGUAGAAUUGGAAAAUACGUAGUUUGUGCCUCUGAGCAUAGUUGUCUUCGCAUCAACUUAUCCCCACCGUCAUCUGACGUCAUGGCCACCGCCGCCGUGGAUGCUCUUUCUAAACUCUCCAUUCACGAUUUGGCCUCUGCUGCCCCCAAUCUCCACAACAAUCUCUCCCUCUUCUCGCCCGAACAGGUGGAGUUGGCGAAGAUGCUGCUGGAUUUGAAUCAGGCUCACUUGUUCCAGCAUUGGCCCGAACCCGGGGUCGACGAUGACGGCAAGCGUGCGUUUUUCGAACAGGUUUCUCGUCUUAAUGCAAGUUACCCUGGUGGCCUAGCCUCUUACAUCACAACUGCUCGGGAGCUUUUGGCAGAUUCGAAGACUGGAAAGAACCCCUAUGAUGGAUUUUCUCCUUCAGUACCAUCAGGGGAAAUUUUGACUUUCGGUGAUGAAAAUUUCAUUCAAUUUGAGAACGCGGGUGUCCGUGAGGCAAGGAAGGCUGCAUUCGUACUUGUUGCUGGGGGGCUUGGUGAGCGUCUUGGCUAUAAUGGUAUAAAGGUGGCUCUACCAUUGGAAUCGACUACAGGAAUAUGUUUCUUACAGCACUACAUUGAAUCUAUUCUUGCCUUGCAAGAGGCGAGCUGUAAGCUAGGUCAAGGUGAAGGACCGACUGAAAUUCCUUUGGCCAUUAUGACAUCUGAUGAUACUCAUUCGCGUACCACAAAGCUUUUAGAGGAGAAUGCUUAUUUUGGGAUGAAACCGUCACAAGUAAAAUUGCUGAAGCAGGAGAAAGUUGCUUGUUUAGAUGAUAAUGAUGCUAGGCUGGCUGUAGAUCCAAAUAAUAAGUUCAAAAUCCAGACAAAGCCUCAUGGUCAUGGUGAUGUUCAUUCACUUCUCUAUUCAAGUGGUCUCCUUAAAGAAUGGCUUGCUGCUGGGCGGAAAUGGGUUUUAUUUUUCCAAGACACAAAUGGUCUUCUUUUCAAGGCAAUUCCAUCUGCAUUAGGUGUGAGUGCCAUCAAAGAGUACCAUGUCAACUCUCUUGCAGUUCCCCGGAAAGCUAAGGAAGCUAUUGGAGGAAUUACUAGGCUCACUCAUAAAGAUGGGCGGUCAAUGGUGAUCAAUGUGGAAUACAAUCAACUUGAUCCAUUGUUGAGAGCAUCAGGAUAUCCGGAUGGUGAUAUGAACAAUGAAACAGGAUAUUCUCCAUUUCCAGGAAACAUAAACCAAUUGAUUUUUGAAAUUGGCCCUUAUCUGGAAGAACUUUCCAAAACUGGUGGUUCUAUUAAGGAGUUCGUCAAUCCAAAAUACAAAGAUUCUACUAAAACUGCUUUCAAAUCAUCAACUCGACUUGAAUGUAUGAUGCAAGAUUAUCCUAAAACUCUGCCACCGUCAGCUAGAGUUGGAUUUACUGUAAUGGAAGCUUGGUUUGCUUAUGCACCUGUCAAGAAUAAUCCCGAGGAUGCCGCUAAGGUACCUAAAGGCAAUCCAUAUCACAGUGCUACUUCUGGUGAGAUGGCUAUAUAUAGGGCACACAGCCUUAUUUUGAGAAAGGUUGGCGUCAAGGUGGAUGAUCCAGUUCAAGAUAUAUUCAACGGGCAGGAGGUGGACGUAUGGCCUCGUAUUGCAUGGAAACCUAAAUGGGGGCUUACAUUCUCAGAUAUCAAAAGCAAAGUCAACGGAAACUGUUCCAUUACAGGAAGAUCAACCAUUGCAUUAAAGGGCAAAAGCAUCUUUCUCCAGGAUCUUGCCUUGGAUGGAGCUCUAAUUAUCGAUGCUGCAGACGGUGCUGAGGUUAAAGUGGGAGGCAGCGUGCACAACGCGGGGUGGACCAUUGAAAAAGUCGAUUUCAAGGAUACUUCAGUGCCGGAAGAAGUGAGGAUCAGAGGUUUCAAAAUGAUCAAAGUGGAGCAGUUGGAGAAAACAUACAAAGAGCCCGGAAAGUAUUCGUUAAGCCCUUGCGAUAAAUAGAGGCAUGUCUGCAACUUCUUGCAUGAUUCAAUCUUACUUUAAGGAGUAUGAUUUUUGUAACAUUAUAUCAAAUAAAAUUAUUGCUUUAUUGGGGCUCUUGCAAUUUAUUGAUGAUUCAUGCUUCUGAGUUCUGAACGUUGAAUAAUGGAAGAAAAUAACAGUAGUUUAGAUCUGAUUUCUGUGAUA